AUGGAAGCAGCGGCCGAGGAGGAAGAGGAGGAGGAGGAGGAGGGGGAGGCCCAGGAAAGGCUCCUGCAGCACCUGAUGGUUCAAACAGGGCGGGACCUCCCCCAGUGCCAACUGGAGCAGGACUGGGACGUACUGGGAGAACUGGGCAGUGGCUCCUACGGGCACGUGGUGCUGGCCCAGCCCCGAGACGGGGGCUCUGCCCCCAAACACACCUGGGAGAUCCAAGGGGCUCUGGGGUGGUCUAUGGGGUGGGGUAACCUGUGCCCAGGUGCCCCCAGGUGUGCCCAGGUGUGUCUCUGGGGGUAUAACCCAUCCCCAGGUGUGCCCAGGAGUGCCCAGGUGUGUCCCCACCCUUGCCCAGGUGCGCCGGUGGUGCUGAAGCUGCUGCGGAAGGACCGGACGGGCAGGUGGGGCUUCCUGCGGGAGUUCUGCACUCACCUGUGCCUGCGGGGGCAGCUCACCUGCCUGCAGGUGCUGCCCCUGGCCUUCGAGACCCCCACCCACUUCGGCUUCGCGCAGGAACACGCACCUGCCGGGGACCUGUGUGGGCUGCUCACACCUGGGGUGGGCCUCCCUGAGCCGCAGGUGAAGCGCGUGGCCACCCAGGUGGGCGCGGCCCUGGAUUACCUGCACGGCCACGCCCUGGUGCACCGAGACGUGAAGCUGGACAACGUGCUGGCCUUCGACCCCCAGUGCCAACUGGUCAAACUGGGCGACUUCGGCCUCACCCGCGUCAUGGGCUGGCAGGUGGGGCCCACCUGCGGCUCGGGCCACGCCCCCUACGCCGCACCUGAGCUGUGCCACCUGCGCGAGGCGGAGACGCUGCGCCUGGAGCCCAGCCUGGACGCCUGGGCCUUCGGCGUCCUCCUCUUCGCCCUCCUCACAGGCACCUUCCCCUGGGGGGUGGCUGCGCCCUCAGAUCCCCAGUUUGGGGAGUUCCAGGUGUGGCAGGGCCGCACCUGGCAGCCAGGUGGGCUCACCGGCGGGGGGGAGGUGCCGCGUGCCUGGCAGGGGUUGGGGGAGGCGGCGCUGGAGAUGCUCCGGAGGCUCCUCCGGCUGGAGCCCGACAGGCGGAGCCACGCCGGGGAGGUGAACAGGUACCUGGACAGGUGCUGGGGAGGGCAGUUCGACCGAGUUCGGCUCCGUUCGGUUCCGUUCGGCCGCGUUCGGCUCCGCUCGGGCCGCAG